AUGUGCCUGUUGUAUAUAGCUAUACAUGUCCCAAUCGAUGAGAACCAAUUCAUAAUCGGCAUACAACGUGUACAACCAACAACAUUCAAUCUUUCGUCCAUUGUAUUAAUAGGCGCUGCAGGUGACAUGGAUUAUGAUUUGAUGCUUGGAGCAGCCGUGUGUUGGAACGAUAUGGCUCGAUAUUUAUCUGUCAACAAUCUGAGUGGGAAAAAUCAACCAUGGGUAAGAAAAGAAGAUGUCAUCCAAAAAAGACUUGGACUGGCAAGUGACAACAUCAAAGAAGACUUCAAAAUAAAUAACACGAGCAUCGCAGAAGCCGGAAAAUUACAAAAGAUAGAAGAAGAUGGAGGCUCUUUGUAA